UCGUCGCGUAAACAACCUUGACUGAUUACAGUUCCCCAUGAUAUUUACGUGCUCGUCUCUCUACACGAAUAUUUCUGAAUAACAUGCUGAACGGUGCUACCGGGAUAUACCAACACGAAAAAAAAGUUACACAAUUUUCCAUCGAUACUAGACGCGAACCGGCAGCGUAAUUCGAAUUUGUUAGUGUUAUACGCCAUGAAGUGCGCUCUGUUUUUAUUGCUCGUUGCAUGUUUCCUGGUGGCCGAAGGGAAAAUAUUUACAAAAUGUGGACUCGUGGAGGAGCUCAACCUUCGAAAUUUUCCCCGUUCCUUUAUAGGGCAGUGGGUCUGCAUGAUUGAAAGCGAAAGUGGAAAAGACACAAGCAAAGUAUACGCGAAAGCCAACGGAAGCAAAAAUUUGGGAUUAUUUCAGAUCAACGACAAAGGAUGGUGCGAGUAUGGAAAAACUGGCGGAAAAUGUGACAUGAAAUGCGAAGAUUUAUUAAAUGAAAAUUUAGUGGACGAUUCUGCCUGCGCGAAGAAAGUGCAAGGUGAAAUGGGAUUUCAGGCUUGGGAUGGAUGGGUGAGAAAUUGCAAACAGCGCAACAUCGCAUUGCCCUGUUAAACCUACUGGAUUAACGACAAUCAAUAAACACCACAAUUUCCGUU